UUGCUUCAGAUAUUUGUAGCCAACACGGUGGCGCGGCUGCAGCUGUAUAUGAAGCAACUAAGCAACUCUUUGGAUGAGACGGCCACACAGGCGCUGAGCGACUCGCCGGAGUAUGAGAGCAAGCGUCUGCAGCUGACCACUCUAUACAACAGACUGGAGGCGGCCAUCAGCCCGCCCUUCAUGGAGGCUCUCACUAUGAUGGAUGCAGGUAACUGUGCUGCACCACCAACCAUACAUUCUGACCCCUCCUCUCCUCUCUCUCUAUAUAUAUCUGUCUCUCUCUCUCUCUCUCUCCGUCAGAUCGCUCGUCGUCCUACGUGUCCCUGUUCGUGUCAAUGUCCCGCGUGUCGUCAGCUGUUCGUUGUUGGCGUCGAGCGUCCGCCACAACCCGCGCCUCACGCUGGACCAGACUCACGACACACACACCGCGCGCAGCCACACACCUGCUCAUGGAUGAUGUACACGCGCAGGUACAGGGAGACACAGACAGACACAGAGAGACACACAGACAGAAGUAGGUACAGAGACAGGGAGAGACACAGAAGUGGACACAGACAGACACAGAAGUAG